AUGUGCAGCAUUUUCCUUCCUUCCUCUCCAGGUGUGGAGGGCAUCGCCCAGGCUUACUCCGCCUGUUUGCCUCACAUCCGGUUCUACGGACCAACAAACUUUGCUCCGAUCAUCAGCCACGUCGCUCGCUUUGCUGCCCAGGCCCUGCAGCAGGAGAAAGCAGCGCAGUACUUCACGCUCCUCAUCAUCACAGACGGCGUCAUCAGCGACAUGGACGAGACUCGCCACGCCAUCGUUCAGGCGUCCAAGCUCCCCAUGUCCAUCAUCAUCAUCGGUGUUGGCAACGCUGACUUCGCCGCCAUGGAGUUCCUGGACGGAGACGCCAGUGUCCUGAGGUCCAACACGGGGGAAGAGGCGGUCCGGGACAUCGUGCAGUUUGUUCCUUUCAGGGAUUUCCGUAAUGCACCGAAAGAGACACUUGCCAAGUCCGUCCUGGCUGAGCUGCCUCAGCAGGUCACCCAGUACUUCAAACAGAGGAACUUACCACCCAUCAACUCAGCGCCGGAGUGAGACGCCCCCAAAGCCAGAACCCACGCGCUGUACAUUCGCUUCACAAAACCCUGGAUGUUUUCGUUAACGGCAGCGAAACAAAAUUAAAUAAAAGUGUAAGUUUGCUGCUAUACUGUUAAAGUUUGACAGGCAUCCAUCAGAAAUGAUGUUCCAGCUCACAGAUGUGAUGCUGCUGCUGCUUCAGGGGGUGGAGCAGACCGUGAUUUAUCCAGAUGUUGUAUUUUUAGUUGUUCGUAUUUAUUUUGCAUGCUUUAGUGCCACGUGAUUGGACCGUUCUAGUGUAAAGUAUAUAUAUUUUUUAUUUUUAAGUUGAACCGUAUCAGUGGUUGAAUUAUCACCAGAUUUUGCUUGUGAGCUCGGGUGUUGAACGGAGCACUACUCUUCGCCCACCACAGGGGGCAGGUUUGAUUUAGAAGUUUUGAUCACCAGAAUCAGACGUCUGUGAGUUAAAAGCCUGGGAAGCUGCAGGAACUGGUUUGGCUGAUUUACAGGGAGCCAUUUUGCUACCUUUGAAACAAAACCACUGUAUUUCUGAUUAUUUGAGUUGAUCCUGCAUGUUGCCAGUAUUUACUCUGUUUACAAACAACGAGGAUCAGAAAUGCAUGGUUUAUUUUGUUGUUGUUUAUUUUAUUUUGUAAAAAUUACCUGGAUGUAAAUAAUGAAAUCAUGCUAAAAGAAAGUUAAGUAUUAGCUGAUGAAGA